UCCAGGCAUGUUACUGGACGCUCGUCGACACCGCCCUCCCCUCCCUCUCCAGUUAUGAUUCAAUGCGCACAGACUACACACACACACUUUAUCUGGGGAGGGUGAAACUGAGGCUCGGGGUGUGUGCCGGGGGGAGAGGGAGACCCUCCCUUCGAGAACAAGCAAGCACAAUCCAGGCAUUUUGCUGAAGUGGGCGAGUUGGACAAGUUCUCUGCUGAGGCGGUCGUCCCGCGAAAGUGGCUGGAGAGAACGCGGCAAAAUUUCCGCUGGCACUCAUCUGCUAUUAUCAUUUUCUCUCCUCCUCGCUCGCGUCCUCCCUGAUCUGGGCCAACCGCGCCACGAUUCAACAUGAAGAGCUGCCUUUUGCUUCUAGUCGCGCUCUGCUCAGCGGGAGGGGACCCCUUCGCAGGAGGCAUCUGUUGGCUGCAACAAGGCCGGGAGGCGAAGUGCACCAUGAUCGUCCGGACGGGGGUCACUUGGGAAGAUUGCUGUGCCAACGGCAACACGGACAGGGCAUGGUCCAACUCCUCCCACCCGAAUAACAAGAUCAGCCUGCUCCGGAUCCUUGGCCUCGUGAGCUGCAACCCUUGCAAAGAGUCCUGUGAUGGGGUGGACUGUGGGCCAGGCAAGGUCUGCAAGAUGAAGUAUGGGCGCCCGCACUGCACCUGUGCCCCAGAUUGCUCUCACCUGUCCCGCAAGAUGCAGGUGUGCGGCUCGGACGGGUUCACCUACCGGGACGAAUGCGAACUCCUGACGGCCAAGUGCAGAGGGUAUCCUGACCUGGAAGUGAUGUACCAAGGCCGAUGCAAAAAAUCUUGCUCCAGCGUCGUGUGCCCCGGAACCCACACAUGCGUCGUGGACCAGACUGGGAGCGCGCACUGUGUGGUGUGCAGAGCUGCCCCCUGCCCGGACCCCACAACCCUCGACCACGCCAUCUGCGGGAACAACAACGUCACCUACCCCUCCACCUGUCACCUACGGCGCGCCACCUGCUUCCUGGGCCGAUCCAUUGGCAUCCGGCAUUACGGCAGCUGCGCAGCGUUGGACAGGCACCCCCUGGAUUCAGAUGACGCUGAAGAAAAUUACAUCUAAACCGACAUUUUGCGAUCUGGCCGACUCUUAACAUGCAGGGGCAUUAUCUGUAAUAAUUUACAGACCGUAUAUACCUGAUAUUUAUUAUGACCAAAUGAAAAAAACUUAUUUAUAUAAAUAGAUAUAGCUGUCAGCUGAUGUAACCGA